AUGGCUGGUUACAUUAAACCUGUUGAUAGCUCCAAGGAUGAAAUUACUUGUUCUAUCUGUCUGCAGAUAUUCACAUACCCGAUAACUCUUACUUGUAGCCAUAGCUUCUGCCUAAGAUGCAUUCAAGAUCACCUGAAGCACAAGACACAAGAUGACAAUUAUAUGUGUCCUGAAUGUCAUGUUGAAUUUGCUGAAAAGCCAAGGCUGCUUAAAAAUAGCAAACUGGCCGAAGAUGUUGAAAAAUUGUCAAAAUGCCAGGAAAGGAGAACUGUCUGUGACUACUGCUUUGAGGAAGAUGUACCGGCUGCAAUGAGCUGUAUCCAGUGUGAAACUUUCUUCUGCGUAACGCAUCUUCGCCCACACAGCGAGAAACCAUCGCUAAAAGAUCAUGUUUUGGUUGACCCCACAGAAGCAAGAACUUUGCGAAAGUGUGUAGAACACAAAGAAACUCUCAAACUCUAUUGCAAACAAGAUCGUGCAAGUGGUCAAUCUCCACUUCUGGGCCAAGUCAAGCCUUCACUGAGGGAACGGAUGCCAGCCUCUCAUGGGGUGUUUACCCGCUGGGCCCAGUUCUUGGAUACGGGUGAUGUGUACUGGACCAUAGCCCGUCUCUCGCGCCUGGAGCAUCUCGGAAGAAAUUCGUCCUCUUCUUCAGGCAGUAAAAGCAUCAAGGCUGCGACAUCCACCAUACCCAUCUCAGAAUCUGAGGUUUCUUCAAUGGAGGAGGAGAACCCAGAUGUUCUGACAGCCUUUCUGGUUGUUUUGAGGGGCCGGUUAUCUUUCACAGAAAAAUUGAAGGAGCUUAAUGAGAAGAGGACCAAAACAGAAGAAGCUGUUAAACGGCUUCGAGAACUGAAUGCCCAUGUAUUAGGAGCAAACUGCAACGAAUAUCGGAUCAACUCCUUACUGAAUAAGCAAAAACUCGUUAUCCAUGAUACUGUGGUUGAUGAUGGCAAGCUUUCUUCUUUGAUUAAGUCAAUCAACAAGCUUUUCAACAGCUUGUCCAAGAAUGAUUCCUCAGUCAGGAAGGCACUACUGGCAUAUGCAACGACUGUUACUUUUGAUCCCGUAACUGCAAAUGAAAACCUUAUCCUUUCAGAAGAUCGAACAAUCGUACGCUACACUGAUGCAAUUGUAAAGGCUCCAUAUAGCCCCAAACGAUUUGAUGACACUUUGUAUGUGCUUGGUUCUCAAGGAUAUACAUUUGGCAAUCAUUACUGGGAGGUGGUGGUGAAGAGUAAGUCUGAUUGGGAGAUUGGGGUUGCUUAUUCAUCCAUACCUAGGAAAGGCAAAUGUUGGUUGGGUAGGAACAAUGUAUCGUGGUCUCUAGAACGCAGCUCUGAACAGUAUACUGUGUGGCACAAUAACAUACCUCUAAAAGUUAACAUGAAGGGAAAACUUGAACGGGUUGGUGUUUAUUUGAAUUAUCCUGGGGGUGUGUUAGCAUUUUAUGAUGCUGAGACAAUGACACUUUUAGUUCCCUUUUAUCACAAAUUUACUGAAGCUCUUUACCCUAUUUUAAAUCCCUGCAACAGUAAAGGAGGAAAUUUUGCACCUUUAACAGUUUUGCAACUGAAAGGAAUUUAG